ACCAAUCAGCGAGCAGGAUUUUUUUUCAGGAAACGUUCCCUGGUUUCCCACAGCAGGCAAAAAACCACAAGGAGCCGGAGAGCCUCGAGACUGACAGCUUUUCCUUCAAAACCUGGAAGAAGUACAAAUAUAUCAAUAUACUGUUCAAUAUUUAUAUCUUGAAGGGCUGUAGUGGCGAGCAGAGAUGGUUUGCGGAGGAUACAUUUGCACCAAGAACGCACUCUGCGCUCUCAAUAUACUUUAUAUCUUGGUGAGUCUGCUGCUGGUCGGAGUGGCAGGUUGGGGGAAAUGGUUUGACCUGGUUUCCAGCAUCAGAGUGGUGGCGGGGGUCAUUGGCGUUGGGGUCUUCCUGUUCCUGGUUGCCUUUGUGGGGCUGUGCGGCGCCCUGAAGCACCACCAGGUCCUGCUCUUCUUCUACAUGAUGGUCCUGUUCAUAGUGUUUGUCGGGCAGUUUUCUGUGUCCUGUGCUUGUCUGGCCCUGAAUAAAGACCAACAGAACCGUCUGCUGGAAGCUGGAUGGAACAAAUCCGAGACGACUCAAAAGGACGUAGAGAAAUCACUCGGCUGUUGUGGCUUCUCCUUUCCUCCCAUCAAUGGCUCAUGUGCUGCUACAUGCUUUGCUAUCAACCCUGAGACUUGUGAAACGUGCUCCAGUACCAUACAGCAGUAUGCCGGAGAGGUACUAAGGUUUGUUGGUGGUAUCGGACUCUUCUUCAGCUUUACAGAGAUCCUUGGUGUUUGGCUCGCUCACAGAUUCAGAAAUAUCAAAGAUCCUCGAUCAAAUCCUGGAGCCUUUCUAUAACCACUCGCAUAUAGUUAAUAAACCAAAAAUUGAAUAAUUGUUGUUCCUCCUAACUUUGAAAAUCAAACUUAUAAGGACAUUUGUAUUUAGUUGGACUAAGUUUUGACCAUUAUAGGAUAAUGGUAAAAUGUAGAAACACAAGUAAAGAAAAUGCCUUGUUAGCUACACCUCGUCUUUGUAAAGAUUUCUCACAGAUGAUAUUAUUACCUGCUUCCUUUUUAUUUCAUUGAAAUGAUGCAUUUGUUGCUUUGAAUAUUGUGUUUCUUUGGAGAAGUUGUUGGACAUAAAGGGUGAAAUUUAACGUGUCCACUUUCUUGCAUUUGAUGCAACUAUCUUGUCUGUAAUGUAAAUAUGACACCUAGCAGCAGCAGCAGCAGCAGCUUAGUUUAGUUUAGCAUAAAGACUGAAGCAAGGGGAACAGAUAGCCUCAGUCUUAAGGUAACAAACUCCACCAGAACCUCUGAAGCUCAUGUUGACUCUUUUUUGUAUAAUCCAUACAAAACAAAAGAGUUUGUUUGAUUUCAUGGAGGAUUAGAUGCCAGACAAUUUCUUUCCUGAGAGGAAAAUAUAUCAACCACAGGCUAGCUUUUUCUCUUGCUUCCAUUCUUAAUGCUAAGCUAACUGACUUUAUAUUGUAAUAAUCUUUUAAUCUAAUUACUGGCAAAUAUGGGUAACGCCAUGAAUGUUAAACUCAUUCUAAAGCAUCACCUCUUUAAUUCUAAUCUCUCUCGUAAAGAAAGAGUUUAACAGCAGCUGUGUAGGUUCACUGCACACACACACCUUAUGCAAAUAAACUGCAGGUUAGCACCAUCAUGGCUGGGUGACUGUGCUCACCACUCCUAGGGAUUAUCUUAAAAUGGAUGAACACUCUUCACUGUGUUUUGCAGACAGUGGAUUUUGGUGUUGGAUGUCUUAAGAUAACAUUUAACUCGAACCUUGACAAAAUCAUGCUUGUUUUCUAUGUAUAUUUAUUGCUAUAUGGUCCCUAUUUGAAACGCAUCUAAACAUUAUAUAUUCCUACUAAAUCAUGUUUGAUCAUA